ACAGUUCUCCACGUCUCAUCGCGUGUUGUGUUGACGGACCCUUUUUCCUUUCCUUUCGCAUCAGCAUUUAAUGUGACGAAAUUACUUUCCUCGCAGAAAAAAAAGUGUGUGAUUAUUAUUUCUCUAAUUUCCCUUCAAUUCCUCGGCAAUGGACGGCUCGAGCAAGCAAUUAAUCAGCGACUGCUUCCUGCGGACAAUCGUGGAUGCUCGAUCGACGAACGUUCCGAUCGAACCGCCCCCGACAAAGGCUCCAGUCAAGGUGGAACUACAGGUGCUCCGGCUGAAGCAAGACUCGCAGGAGAUGGUGAUGGACACGUUGCGGGCGAUUCACGGAGACUCAUUUCAGCUGGGGGACAUUUCCAAAUAUGAGGAUCAAGGAGGGCGGAUGAAGAAGUCCUACUGGAAGGACCGAGGGAACUUGGUCAUUCAGGGCGGGUGUGAUUUUUCUGAUGUGAAGAAGACGGGGAACUCGAGUGAGGACAAGUUCCGGAUGUACGCGCUGAUGAAGCUGGGAAGUUACGGAUUUGCGAAGGGACACUGCGAGGAAGCGUUGGAUCAUUGCCAGGGGGAUGUGGACAAUGCGCUGGAGCUGCUGUUUGGGAAGUACUUUCCCCCGCCGGUGGAUUUGGUGAAUGGGGAGGGUGAUUUCACUGAGGAAGAGCUGGAGCAGAUGAGGAUGGAUGAGAAGGAAGCGCUGGAAUCAAUCUACGAGAAGCUGUUUGUGGAGAAGGAACGGAAUCGGGUGUGGCAGCUAAAGUUCAAAAUUGAUCAUUUGAUGGUGCACAGCCCUUCGGAGGUGAGGAAGCAGGAACAACAGCGGAAGAAGCAGGAAGAGGAGGAGGAACGGAAACGACAGAUGGCCGGAAGGAAGAAGAAACCGAAGAAGGAGCCCUGCUGGAACUUUGCCAAGGGGAAGUGCAGGUACGGGAACAAGUGCUACUACUCGCAUGGUUCCGAUUCCGAUGGAGAGGAUUCGUCUUCCAAAGACAAGAAGGACAAACAGGAAGAGGACCCCAAUUGGUUCUUUUUGGAGAUUCGUUUUCCGAAGCAGAGCAAGUAUCCUUAUGAGGCGCCUUUGGUAUUCCUGAAAACGACCUGUGCGGAUAUUCCUCAGCAGUUAAUGCUGAGAAUCUGCCGGAGAUUGGUUCAGGAAUCGUUGGCUAUCACACAGGACGGGAUGCCCUGCGUUUACUCCAUUGCGGAGCUGCUCCAGAAUGACGAGGAAAUCGAUCGAUUCAUCGAGCUGGAUCGAUACCAGUUCCCAGAUCCUCGCCGAUCUCUCUUCUAUCAACCGGAAGUGGACGAAAUGAACAACCUUAAGAUUGAAGACCUCCCAUCUCACAACCAGAUGGGCGUAACGAGUCGAACGUCCGGACCCAAGGCGAAUCCGGAACAGCUUCGAAAAGAAGAUCUGAACAUCAUUCGGAAGUUCAUGGAUAAACAGAACAACGGGGCCUACAAGGAUAUGCUCCGACAUCGGAAGCAGCUCCCAGCCUGGAGUAAAAUGAGCGACAUCAUCUCGGCCAUGGAGUCCCAUUCGGUUCUUGUUAUAAGCGGUGAAACCGGUUGCGGAAAGUCUACACAAGUGCCUCAAUUCAUCCUUGAUAAUUGGCUCUACCAGUCCUCCAAACUAGACGGGAAAGUUCCCCACGUCGAAAUCAUUUGCACCCAACCGAGGCGAAUUUCGGCCAUUGGAGUGGCCGAGCGAGUCGCGGAGGAACGCGUCGAGAAAAUCGGAAACACCGUCGGUUACCAGAUCCGCUUAGAAAACAAAAUCUCCUCUUCCACCCGGUUAACCUUCUGCACCACCGGAAUUCUCCUGCGACGUCUCCAAUCGGAACCCACGCUCAGCAACGUGACCCACAUCCUCGUGGACGAAGUCCACGAACGGUCCGAGGAAUCCGACUUCCUGCUUCUCAUCCUCAAACAACUCCUAGAAAAGCGAUCCGACCUCAAAGUCAUUCUCAUGUCCGCCACCCUCAACUCCAAUCUCUUCUCGUCCUACUUCGGCGACGUCCCCGUCCUGGACAUCCCCGGCCGGACCUUCCCCGUGGAGCAACUAUUCUUGGAGGACAUCCUCGAGAAAAGUGGAUUCGUGUUGGAAGCCGAUUCGCAGUACUGCCGCAAGCUGAGGAAAGGUGAAGAGGAACAGUUGCUUCAGGAACUGGAAUACGCGGAUGUGAAGGCGGCCAAUGCCGCCCCGGCCAAAUCCAUCAAGGACGAGAACCUAAAGAUGGCGGAUAUGUUCGCGCGUUACUCAGACUACUCCAAGGCGACCUGCAAGACCCUGUACCUGAUGGAUCCCCUCCGCAUCAACCCGGAACUGAUCGAGCACGUCCUGCGCUACAUCGUCGAAGGAACAACGGACCACGGCUGGCCCCAGGAGGGAUCCAUCGUCAUAUUCCUUCCAGGUCUAGCGGAGAUUCAAACCAUUCACGAGGCGCUAACGGAUAGUAAGUUGUUUGGCCCUCGGGAAGGUAAAUUUAUCCUGGUCCCUCUGCAUUCCACCUUAACCAACGAAGAACAGGCGUUGGUCUUCCGAAAAGCGCCCAAGGGCAAGCGGAAAAUCGUCCUCAGUACCAACAUUGCCGAAACGUCGGUCACCAUCGAUGAUUGCGUGUUCGUGAUAGACUGCGGUCAAAUGAAGGAGAAGCGAUUCGACUCGAACCGGAACAUGGAAUCGCUGGAAGUUGUGUGGGUCUCCCGAGCCAAUGCCCUCCAGAGAAAAGGUCGUGCCGGGCGUGUCAUGCCCGGAGUUUGCAUCCAUCUCUUCACUAGGCCGCGAUUUACGAAUCACAUUCUGGGGCAGCCCGUUCCGGAAAUCCACCGGAUACCACUGGAACCGCUGCUGUUGAGAAUCAAAACUCUGGACACCUUGCAGGGUAGUUCGUUGAAGGAAGUUCUGAUGGCCACAAUCGAGCCACCAUCGGAGGAGAACAUCGAAGCGGCCAAGAAGCGAUUGAUCGAUGUCGGAGCGUUCGAUUUGGGGGAGAACCUGACUUCGCUUGGACAUCAUUUGGCCACCCUUCCGGUCGACGUGCGGAUAGGAAAGCUCAUGCUCUUCGGAGCCAUUUUCCAGUGCCUGGACAGCGUCCUGACCAUCGCGGCCUGCCUCAGCUUCAAAAGUCCCUUCGUGUCACCGUUUUCCAAGCGGGACGAAGCAGACGCUCGGAAAAGGCAAUUCGGGAUCGCCAAUAGCGAUCACCUAACGAUGUUGAACGCCUACCGGAAGUGGAAGGAAACUACGAAAAGGAGUCGAUACGCUGCCCAUUGCUACGCCGAAGAGAACUACCUCUCCACGAAAACGCUCCAGACGAUAGGCGAGAUGAAGUACCAGUUCCUAGAGCUGCUCGUCUCCAUCGGAUUUGUUCCGGUGGACCUCAGCGGUCGUCGAGGGAAGUUCGUCAAAGAUGAACUCCUUGAACUCACCGGCCCGGAUAUCAACGCCAACGGAGAGAACAAUCGACUCCUUGCAGCUAUCCUCUGUGCUGCCCUCUACCCGAACGUCAUCAAAGUCCUCACCCCAGAGAAAUCCUUCAUCAGUGGAGCCGGAGGUGCCGUGCCCCGUCUCCCGCAACCAUCCGACCUUCGGUUCAAAACCCAACAGGACGGCUACGUGUUCCUGCAUCCGUCUUCGAUCAACUCCAGGUUCGGCCACUUUAACUCGCCCUUCCUGGUCUACCAGGAGAAGGUCAAAACCUCCCGAAUCUACAUCCGGGAAACCACGAUGGUCCCCCUGCUCCCAAUGGUGUUGUUCUCCGGAAGCGAUCUGCGGAUAGAACUGCACGGUGGAGACUUCGUCAUCCUGCUAGAGGACGGAUGGCUUGCUCUGCAAGCGGAAACGCAUCAGGUGGCGGAGAUGAUGAAGUUCCUGCGGUUGGAGCUGGCCAAGAUGCUGGAGCUGAAGAUUAGUGAUCCGCUGAUAAAUCUCGCCAACCAUGAACAGGGACGGAAGGUUAUCGGAACGAUUGUGCAGUUGAUUACGAAGGAGUAGGGUUGUAGUUUUUGGACACGUGAAAGAUUCGGAUAUGUCUAUAUAAAAUGUACUGUUAAUGUAAUGGUUGUACCCCAGUUACUCUUGUAUCAAAUGUUGUGCAAAUGGACACAAUAUGUAAAUGUUUAUUAAAUUAUAUUUAUUAUCAUAUUAAAAUGA